UCAACAAUUUUUGAAAAACGGGAAAGAGCAUUAAAGAUGUUGCUAAAUUCAAUCAGCAUUUCAAAUUUGUAAAGCUCUCUGAAUCCAGUAAGGUUGUUCCAUCUAAAUCUCCAGUUUUAGCAAAUUUCCUUCUUCGCACCAAUUGAUUUGAUAUGGAGUUCCGAAAUCGCAAAUCCGCCAUGGAUCGAGCUGCCAUGGACCGAGUUCUCAAAGCCGCCCGCUCUUCCGGUUCCCUCAACCUCUCAAACCGCUCUCUCAAAGAAGUACCGGAUGAGGUUUACAAAAUUUUGGAUGCGGUCGGUGGAGAUGAGAAGUGGUGGGAGACUGUGGAGCUCCAGAAGCUUAUUCUAGCUCAUAAUGAAAUUGAAUUACUGAAGGAAGAUUUGAGGAAUUUGACCUCGCUAGUGGUGCUGAAUCUAAGUCAUAACAAGCUUACGCAGCUCCCUGCAGCUAUUGGAGAGCUUCAGAUGCUUAAGACAAUAGAUUUGACGUCUAAUUUGCUAGUGGUAAUACCUGAAGAAAUCGGAUCAGUUGCUUCGCUGGUGAAGUUUGAUUGUUCGAAUAACCUACUUAGCUCUCUUCCCAGUUCCCUUGGGCGAUGUACAUAUUUGUCAGAAUUGAAGGCAUCAAACAAUAUCAUUUCCAGCUUACCGGAUGAGCUAGCGAAUUGUUCAAAAUUAACAAAGUUGGAUGUAGAGGGAAAUAAGCUAGAAUCGCUGUCACAUAAAUUGAUUGCAUCAUGCCCUAUGCUUAUGGAACUUAAUGCAUCUAAAAAUCUACUCACUAGCCUACCGGAGAGUAUUGGAUGCCUUGCACGUGUAAUUAGGCUGGACCUUCACCAAAAUAGAAUUUCAUCGAUCCCAUCAUCGAUAAAGGGAUGCUCAUCCCUUGUAGAGUUAUAUUUGGGGAACAAUGCACUGUCUUCAUUACCUGUGGAAAUCGGAUCAUUGACUCAGCUGGGGACAUUUGAUCUGCAGUCAAACCUGUUGAAAGAAUAUCCUGUGGAGGCUUGCAGUUUGCACCUCUGUGUUCUUGACCUGUCAAAUAAUUCACUGUCUGGUUUGCCUUCUGAGAUUGGCUUGAUGACAACACUGCGGAAACUUUUACUUGCUGGUAAUCCACUGCGAACACUUCGGAGCUCAUUGGUGAAUGGAUCUACGACCACUCUGUUGAAGUAUCUUCGAAGUAGGCUCCCAAAAGAUGAAGAGUCUGCAUCAACUUCAGCUGCGAAACAGGAUCCUUUUGCAAUGGCUGCUCAGUCAUCUCUGAUUUCAAAGGAACUCUCAUUAGCUGGGCUAAGUUUGAGUGCUGUGCCAUCAGAAAUAUUGAAGUCAAGCGAUAUUACUAAAGUCAAUCUCACAGGGAAUUCAAUAGAAGAGUUACCCUUGGAGCUUGGAUCUUGUGUCUCUAUUGAGGCUCUGAUUCUGACUAAGAACAAGAUCAAAGAGUGGCCUACCGCUGUGUUGUCUUCUCUUCCUAAACUUUUGUGCUUGAAACUGGAUGGUAAUCCACUAAAAAAGAUCCCCUCAGACGGCUUUCGAGCAGUAUCCAAAAUCCGGAUUCUGGAUCUAAGUGGUGCUGCUGGUGCACUUCCAGAAGACCCAGCAUUUUCUAGCUUACCGGAGCUGGAGGAGCUUUACCUGAGGCGGAUGCAGAUACCAGCUUUUCCUUUGGAAAUAAUGACUUUACAGAAGUUACAUAUACUGGACAUGAGCCAGAAUUCACUUCAAUCAAUUCCAGAGAGCAUCAAGGAUCUUUCUUCUCUUAUAGAGCUUAACCUAUCAGACAACAAUAUUUCUUCUCUUCCACCAAAUUUGGGUUUGCUUGAACCCAGUCUGCAGGUCUUAAAAGUUGAUGGAAACCCAUUGAGAAGUAUCCGAAGGCCAAUUUUGGACCGAGGAACAAAAGCAAUCCUGAACUAUUUGAAAGAUAGAAUUGUCCCGCAGUAAAAGGUUUGUAUUUCAUCGACUACAGCCGCGAACUUGAGGUUCCUGCAGAGUUCCAUAAACUCUGAAAAUCCUUCUACUGUUUCAAUUGUUUGUUUGUUGGUUUGUUGGUGUGUGUUUUUUAUGUAUAUUUACUGUUGUCUGUUGUAUCAAAGCAUUCUGUUAAGCUGGAAUCGUGUCCUGGUUAAGGUUCAAACUUGCAGUUUCGAGCUCCUAAAAUUGUUGUUGUAAUGUAGUAGUAUUAGUGUUAUUCACAUUCCUACUUGGACACUCUGUGAGUCAAGUAUGAUUCGAGGGGCUCAAGUUCGUAAAAUUUGUGCUAUAACAGAGCCACUGUUUUUUAUAUAUAAUUCAGGUUUUGAUC